UAAAAAUAAAACAAAGAAACUUGGUUUGGAGUUCGGAGAAACCACACAAAUACACAUCCAAGAGCAUUCCAGAACGCACGAACACAGACUAUCUCUGUUUUGUUACCCUCUGACGAGCAAAAGAGAAGAGAAUCAAUCAAUGGCUACUUUCCUCUCCAAUCAAUCUCUGUUUGCUCCUUGUCCUUGUUCUACUCCCUUCUCUUCAAAGCCCUUUCAAACCCUAAAACCCAAAAUCAUAUAUUUUUCAUCACGUGGGUUUCCACGUCCCCUAAAUUCCUCUCCCAAUCGAAGAACCCCACUAAAGUAUUCUCAAGAUCUCCCUCCAACUAGAAAUGAUGAGACAGGUGAGACCCGGAAAGAUUUCAGAGGGAUAGACGAUGAUGAAGAUAAAAAGCCAUUACCCAGUUUAAUGGUCCUCCUUGAAGCAUACAAGGAAGCCUUUUUUAAUGGUGAUGAAAAUGGUGUUGCUCUGAUUGAAGAGGGAAUAUAUUCAGCAGUAAAUAGAAAAAAUAAAUUGAUUCAGAAAGUAUCAAGUUUAUCAGCAGACAAAGCUACUUCCAAAGAUAGAUAUGUUCGAUUACAAGCUGAUUUUGACAAUUUUAGGAAAAGAUCUGACAAAGAAAGACUUAGCAUCCAAUCUGAUGCCCAACAAGAACUCAUUGAACAGCUUUUGUUGAUGGUGGACAGUUUUGAGAAAACAAAACAGCAAACUAAAGCAGCAACAGAGAAAGAGAAGAAAAUUGAUGUUAGCUAUCAAGGCAUUUACAAACAAUUUGUAGAGAUUCUGAGGAGUCAUCAUGUUUCAGUGAUAGCAACAGUGGGCAAGCCGUUUAAUCCCUUGCAUCAUGAAGCCAUUGCACGUGAGGAGUCAGCAGAAUUCAAGAAAGGGAUUAUAAUUAAAGAAUCACGACGUGGUUUCUUGCUCAGAGAUCGAGUUCUAAGGCCAGCCCAGGUGAAGGUUUCAUUAGGUCCUGGAACUAAGAAAUCUCCUGUGGCUCAUGACAACUCCAUGGAGCGACCUUCAACAGCUGCUGGAAUAGAUGAAAGAUAGUCUCUUGAACCUUCUUACUCAUUAAAAGUCUAGCUCCACCUGCAUACGUCACGUCUUUACAUUGGUCAACUUAAAGUGCUUCUAGUAUUCAAUAUUUUGGUAUUCGGGCCGUAGCUAGUCUGUUGGACCUGGCAAAUUUUAACUUGUGCCCCACACCACACUUGAAUUUUUGAGAAAGUGAAUAAUUUUGUUCAUAGGAA